AUGCCAGACGGUAACUGUGGCUUUCGGGCCUUUGCUGUUGAGCUGUAUAACACGAAGGAGCGAUACGUCGAUGUCAAGAUCAAGAUGCUCGUUCAGUACCUCUCCAACAUCAGUAUGUUUUACCCAUGCUAUGGCAAGGGUCCUUUACUAAAAGUAUUCAAUCCUUAUUCAAGUGAAUGGUUUGUCUCGCCUGAAUGCAGUCGACAUGCCACUGACACGUUUGGAACGCCAAUCGUUAUCUAUACCGCACAAUCGCACCUUUUCUUGCCAUUAACAACCAACACUACUCUUGAUUGCUAUGUCAAUUUCGACCUUAACAUUGUAAAACAUUCACAUUAUUUUGUUUGA